AUGGCGCCGUUCUCUCUAAAGGUCGACGGCUCUUCACCGCAAUGCACCACACCGUCUGAAAAGAACGCUCAUCGAAUGGUGUCGGUGAAAGUUGGCUGUCUACACAUCAACCCUAGUUCUAAGUAUGGGCGUCGAAAACUCCUAAUCCAGUUGCUGGCACUAUGCUUCGUCCCUCACGUGGCGCUAAUCCUACAGAACUGCACAACCAUGGCGCAACUGUCAAGUACCCUGGACGCUUCGUUAUAUUUAGAUUCUGAGGUUCGAACAAACCUCGAUAUAGGCGAAACCGUCAUGUCGUUCCAAGCCGAGCGGGUACUAGUCACUAAGUCCGUGUUUCUGCAGCUAGAGACUCCACAUAAAAGCAGGUUUGAAAAUUUUAUCUGUGUUUCUUGA